GCCUGCUUGGGAGAGGCUGGGGAAGCCCUGAGAGGCGCGAGGCGCAGUGCCCGAGGCGCGCCUGUGCUGGUGGCUCGAAAAAGAUAGAACAUGACUGUGGCUUCGGUGGUGUCACUCGCUGGGCCGCCCUUCCCGAGGUUUCCCUGAGCCAUCCGCCAGUGGAUCCGUUCCCAGGUAUCUGUGAAUCAGGAAAUUGAACUCAAGUCCUCCAGUUUUGAGGGAAUCUUCAAUUUUGCUUUUAAGGUGAUUCAAAUGAUUGGAUGAGGGCCACCCACAUUAUUGAAGUUUUUGUCCAUAAGUACUUACAGAAAGGAUGGCUGAUAUUAACCUCAAAGAAGUAACCUUAAUAGUAGGUGUGGUUACUGCCUGCUACUGGAACAGCCUGUUCUGUGGUUUUGUUUUUGAUGAUGUUUCAGCAAUUUUGGAUAAUAAAGAUCUGCAUCCAUCUACACCUUUAAAAACUUUAUUUCAGAAUGAUUUCUGGGGAACCCCUAUGUCUGAGGAGAGAAGUCACAAGUCCUACCGACCCUUAACAGUAUUGACAUUUCGUUUAAAUUAUAUGUUUAGUGAACUAAAACCAAUGUCAUAUCAUCUCCUAAAUAUGAUCUUUCAUGCUAUGGUUAGUGUGGUAUUUCUGAAAGUCUGCAAACUUUUUCUGGACAACAAGAGUGGUCUGAUUGCUACUCUGCUUUUUGCAGUGCACCCGAUACAUACAGAAGCUGUGACAGGUGUUGUAGGAAGAGCAGAACUUUUGUCAUCUAUCUUUUUUCUAGCUGCGUUUUUAUCAUAUACAAAAUCAAAAGGACCAGAUAAUUCCAUAGUGUGGACUCCAAUUGCAUUGACAGUGAUUUUAGUGGCUGUUGCAACACUGUGUAAAGAACAAGGCAUAACAGUUGUGGGAAUAUGUUGUGUAUAUGAAGUGUUUAUUGCCCAGGGGUAUACUUUGCCAUUAUUGUGUACUACUGCUGGACAGUUUCUCCGUGGAAAGAGUAGUAUUCCAUUUUCUCUGCUGCAGACACUCAUAAAACUGAUUGUCUUGAUGUUCAGUACGUUAUUACUUGUGGUAAUUAGAGUCCAGGUUAUUCAGUCCCAGCUUCCAGUAUUUACAAGGUUUGAUAACCCAGCUGCUGUAAGUCCGACUCCUACAAGGCAGCUAACAUUUAACUACCUUCUUCCUGUGAAUGCUUGGCUUCUAUUAAAUCCUUCAGAUCUCUGCUGUGAUUGGACCAUGGGAACAAUACCUCUAAUAGAGUCAUUUCUAGAUAUUCGGAAUCUUGCCACUUUUGCUUUCUUUUGCUUUCUGGGGAUUUUGGGAAUAUUCAGUCUCCGAUACCCUGGUGAUUCCUCCAAGACUGUAUUAAUGGCACUUUGUUUAAUAGCAUUACCAUUUAUUCCUGCAUCGAACCUUUUUUUUCCUGUUGGAUUUGUUGUUGCUGAGCGAGUGCUAUAUGUUCCUAGCAUGGGAUUUUGUAUUUUGGUAGCCCAUGGAUGGCAGAAAAUUUCAAAUAAAAGUGUAUUUAAAAAGCUGUCCUGGGCCUGUCUCUCAGUAGUGAUACUUACUCAUGCCUUAAAAACACUUCACAGAAACUGGGAUUGGGAGUCUGAGUAUACAUUAUUUAUGUCAGCCUUGAAGGUAAAUAAAAAUAAUGCCAAAUUAUGGAAUAAUGUUGGUCAUGCUUUGGAAAAUGAAAAGAACUUUGAGAGAGCUUUGAAAUACUUCUUACAAGCUACUCAUGUUCAGCCAGAUGAUAUUGGUGCCCACAUGAAUGUAGGAAGAACUUAUAAAAAUUUAAAUAGAACUAAAGAAGCUGAAGAAUCUUACGUGAUGGCCAAGUCACUGAUGCCUCAAAUUAUUCCUGGUAAAAAAUAUGCAGCCAGAAUUGCCCCUAACCACCUAAAUGUUUAUAUCAAUCUGGCCAACCUGAUCCGAGCAAAUGAGUCCCGACUAGAAGAAGCAGAUCAGCUGUACCGACAAGCAAUCAGCAUGAGGCCUGACUUCAAGCAGGCUUAUAUUAGCAGGGGAGAAUUGCUCUUAAAAAUGAAUAAGCCUCUCAAAGCAAAGGAAGCAUAUCUUAAAGCAUUAGAACUGGACAGAAACAAUGCAGAUCUUUGGUACAACUUGGCAAUUGUGUAUAUUGAACUCAGAGAACCAAAUGAAGCCCUAAAAAACUUCAAUCAUGCUUUAGCACUAAAUCCAAGGCAUAAGCUAGCAUUAUUUAAUUCUGCCAUAUUAAUGCAGGAAUCAGGUGAAGUUAAACUCAGACCGGAAGCUAGAAAACGACUUCUGAACUAUGUGAAUGAAGAGCCACUGGAUGCUAAUGGUUAUUUCAAUUUGGGGAUGCUUGCCAUGGAUGACAAAAAGGACACGGAAGCAGAGAUUUGGAUGAAGAAAGCCAUUAAAUUACAAGCUGACUUCAGAAGUGCUUUGUUCAAUCUGGCUCUCCUCUAUUCUCAGACUGCAAAGGAAUUAAAGGCUCUGCCGAUUUUAGAAGAGUUACUCAAAUACUACCCUGACCAUGUGAAGGGUCUCAUUUUAAAAGGAGACAUUCUGAUGAACCAAAAGAAAGAUAUACUUGGAGCAAAAAAAUGUUUUGAAAAAAUCUUAGAGAUGGAUCCAACCAAUGUCCAAGGAAAACACAAUCUUUGUGUUGUUUAUUUUGAAGAGAAGGACUUACUAAAAGCAGAAAGAUGUUUGGUUGAAACAUUGGCAUUAGCACCACAUGAAGAGUAUGUUCAGCGCCAUUUGAAUAUAGUCAGGGAUAAAAUCUCUUCAUCUGGUUUUGUAGAACAGCCAGUACUCCCGGCUGGGAAGAGUACAGGUGAAGAGGGAGAAAACAGAAUUCCAACUGAAAAUGUAAAGGAAAUUAGAAGUGAGUCUAGACCAACACAGACAACAGAAACAACUGAAGAUAAAAGUGAGUCUAAACACAACAAACAGUUGCAGAAAAAUAAAGAGGCACCCCAAAAAACAAAAGACAUCAAAGAAAUUGAGAAGAAAAGAGUUGCUGCUUUAAAAAGACUAGAAGAGAUUGAACGUAUUUUAAAUGGAGAAUAGCAUUCAUCAUGUGACAAUGAUAUCAAAGGACUUUAAUCUUUAUCAUGUGAUUCCUUGACUCAGAGCUUUGAAAAAUAUCAUGGACAUGUAACUUUUAUGGUGCCUCUACAUGGGGUCAAAGUAAGAUUUUUUGUUUAAGACCAUCUUAACCCAGGAUAUGUAUUAUACAAGAUAAUGGCAGAAGUUGUUUUGGUGAACAUAGCAGAAAUAUCAAAUUGCAGGUGACAAAUUUUCAGCUUCUGUUAUAUAAGGAAGAAUUUUUUUGGCAAGACAAUUUUUCUACUCUGAAUUUAAAAUAAUUUGAGGCUAAAUGAUGAUCCUUUGAGGACAUAUCCAACAUACACUGUUUUAUUCUAUGAAUUCACAUUUAUUACCUACUUCAGUUUCCUCUUACCUCUUGGAACCUGGUGAUGGGUUGAAAACACCUACUGACACUUUUUUCUUCAGCAGUUCUUCUGUUAAACCAAGAAAUUUUGCACUACAAGAGAAUACUGGCUUCUUUAUGUUAUAUUCUUUGAUUUUCUAGAAGGAAUGCUGGGUAAAAUGUUUUAACAUGGAUCAUAUAACCUGUUAGCUUAAGAAUGUAUUUUCAUAAUUGCAUACUUAUCCUUAAUUUAACUCUAAAAUGCAGUUUUUAACAAGGUAAGGUUUGUACACACAUAUCAUACAAAUACACAUUUCUAAUGGUGCUCAUGACUAUUUUUCUUUUUCACAUAAGUGUCACAACAUGAUCUACAUAUUCAUGACUAUUCUUUGACUUUUCCUUUCAAAUUUUUGUUUCUUAGGGGCAUAGUCAUAUUUAGAAGUUUCGGUAAUGUUAAACUUUUAAGGAAUAACAUAGUAAAACUUUCAUCUUAGUGUUGACUCUCUGAUUUUAUUUGAAUUUUAAUUUUCUGUUUCCAAAAUCAUAGUUUAAUCAUUCUUAGAUACCUUAAGCCACUAAAUUCACUUCUGUUUAACUGAAGGCAAAACAAUGUGACAAAGUUUAUUUUUAACACUAAAUUCUUAAUAUCUUCUUGUGGUAUAUAUUUUUAUUAAAUAUUUAUUUUGACUACUGAGCUUUCAUAAAAAUUUAAAGCCAUUUUAAUUAUAUAAAGUAUGGAAAACUAAUUGCUAGUGUAUUUGCAUAUAUAUGCUAUAUAUAUUACAGUUUAACAAAAAUCAUGUCAUGUUGGACCUUUCUCCAGUUAUGGAAAUAAUAGUCUAAUAUCAGAUUAAUAAAUUUGUCAUGUGGUUUUGGCAAUUUUAAAUCUGGAAACUGUUA